GUUCUCCAUGGGGUCCCCGAUGUUCUCCAUGGGGUCCUUGAUGUUCUCCAUGGGGUUCUCCUUGGGGUCCCCAACGUUCUCCAUGGGUUCUCCAUGGGUCCCCCGACGUUCUCCACGGGUUCCUCAAUGUUCCCCUGCCCCCACCCUCUCCCCGUGUCCCCCCGCACCCCCCGCUGACGCUGUCCCCCUGUCCCCAGUGCCACCACCAUGCCGCACCAGUACCCGGCGCUCACCCCCGAGCAGAAGCAGGAGCUCGCCGACAUCGCCCGGCGCAUCGUGGCCCCCGGCAAGGGCAUCCUAGCUGCCGAUGAGUCCACUGGCAGCAUCGCCAAGCGGCUGAGCUCGGUGGGGGCGGAGAACACGGAGGAGAACCGCCGCUGGUACCGGCAGCUGCUCUUCACGGCCGACAAGCGCGUGGACCCCUGCAUCGGCGGCGUCAUCCUCUUCCACGAGACCCUCUACCAGUCGGCCGAUGACGGGCGCCCCUUCCCCCAGGUCAUCCGCGGCAAGGGCGCCGUCGUUGGCAUCAAGGUGGACAAGGGCGUCGUGCCCCUGGCUGGCACCAAUGGCGAGACCACGACCCAAGGGCUGGACGGGCUGAUGGAGCGCUGCGCCCAGUACAAGAAGGACGGGGCCGACUUCGCCAAGUGGCGCUGCGUCCUCAAGAUCUCGGAGCACACGCCCUCGCGCCUCGCCAUCCUGGAGAACGCCAACGUCCUCGCGCGCUACGCCAGCAUCUGCCAGCAGAACGGCAUCGUCCCCAUCGUGGAGCCCGAGAUCCUUCCAGAUGGUGACCAUGACCUGAAGCGCUGCCAGUACGUGACCGAGAAGGUGCUGGCGGCCGUCUACAAGGCGCUGAGCGACCACCACGUCUACCUGGAGGGGACGCUGCUGAAGCCCAACAUGGUGACAGCCGGCCACUCCUGCACCAAGAAGUACAGCCCCGAGGAGAUCGCCAUGGCCACCGUCACUGCCCUGCGCCGCACCGUGCCACCCGCCGUGCCCGGCAUCACGUUCCUGUCGGGGGGCCAGAGCGAGGAGGAGGCGUCCAUCAACCUCAACGCCAUCAACCGGUGUCCCCUGGCGAAGCCCUGGGCCCUGACCUUCUCCUACGGGCGGGCGCUGCAGGCCUCGGCGCUGCGGGCCUGGAGCGGCAAGAAGGAGAACACCAAGGCGGCCCAGGAGGAGUACGUCAAGCGGGCCCUGGCCAACUCCCUGGCGUGCCAGGGCAAGUACACCCCCAGCGGGCAGGCGGGGGCGGCCGCCAGCGAGUCCCUCUUCGUCUCCAACCACGCCUACUGAGUGACGUCACCGGGAGCGCCGUGACGUCACCGGGGAUGCCGUGACGUCACCGGGACGCGGUGACCGCGACGCCGUGUGACACUCCUGUCCCCGUCCCCUCGCCCUUCAAUAAAGGAACGCUGCCUGCA